AUGUCAACACCGUGUGCGAUACAGCGUGAGUUUCUCCGAAGAUCGAACGAGCCGUGCAGUAGUCCAGCGAUGCAUUUGGAUGGUCAGGCGCUGCCCAAGUGGCUGAUUCCAGCGGACCGUCGAGGUUGGCGACGCCUCGUCCAAAACUUUACGCCUUCAUGGUUUGCCGUCACGAUGGGUACCGGUAUCGUAGCGGUUCUGCUACAUACUUUCUCCGAGCUCUACCCUGGCUAUCAUAGCUCGCUCAGAGCCAUCAGCAUCGCAUUCUUUACUCUAAACAUUCUCAUACUCUCCGUCAUACUCUUGAUCUCCGUCCUCAGAUACGCACUGUAUCCCGCCACAUGGAUUCUGAUGCUCCAGCAUCCAGUACAGUCGCUCUUUUUGGGCACAAUACCUAUGGGAUUUGCUACCAUUGUCAACAUGUUCGCCGCUAUCUGCGUACCGGCUUGGGGUGGUCCGACACCAUACAUUGUGUGGGGCAUGUGGUGGCUCGAUGUCGCGCUGAGUGUUGCCUGCUGCCUCUGGCUACCUUUCCAGAUGAUGACUAAACAUCAUAACCGCCAUGAGACAAUGACAGCAGCCUGGCUUCUGCCGAUUGUGGCCUGCAUCGUUGCAGCAGCUUCUGGCGGCGUAGUUGCGUCAGUCUUACCCGACCCAAACCAAGCCCUCAUCACCAUUGUCACCAGCUAUGUGCUUUGGGGUAUGGGCGUACCUCUUGCACUCGUAGUGAUGGUGAUGUACUUCCACCGUCUUGCCAUCCAUAACCUUCCACCCCAGGAGGUCAUCGUCAGCGUCUUUCUACCUCUUGGCCCCAUGGGUCAAGGGGGAUACGCCGCUUUGAAACUCGGUAUCCAGGCUUCGAAGACAUUUCCGGUAACGAACACCUUACAUCCGAUGGCGGGCGAGAUUCUUUACGUACUAGGUUGGACGACCGCUAUUACAUUAUGGGGCUUCGGCCUGGUAUGGUUGUUCUUCGCAGUCGCGUCGAUUAGUCGGAGCAAGUUCCCUUUUAAUAUGGGUUGGUGGGGCUUCACCUUUCCCAUUGGUGUCUUCACUAUGUCUACUAUUACUAUAGGGCAGGAACUUCCAUCCGCAUUCUUCAGGGUUCUAGGUACGGUACUUGGUGUCAGUGUUGUACUUCUCUGGCUACUAGUUGCUGUCGGUACUAUGAAGAACAUUCUGUAUGGCAACAUAUUCGAAGCACCUUGCUUGCGCGAGAUGGAGAAGAGAGCAUGUGCAGCUUCUGUUGAGAUGCAACAACAGGACGCAUAA